UUAGAUUAGAAACUGGUCUGAACUCUGAAGGAGUUACUCGCCGCGUCUUUUCAGUUCACUGGACUCGACGGAGCACCAUGCCAGACAGGAGUGGCGCAACCCUGUUCAAGGACCUGCCCGAGGAGAUCAUCAACAAGAUACUCGUCCUGUUGGCGUCCAAGGACGUCGGCCGCUGUCGAGUUGUGAACACAUCAUGGCGUAGUGCUACAUCCACACCUGAAUUCAUGCUCCAACACCACCGGCGCCAGCCGUCACUCCCCAUUGUCGAUGGGCUGGGACGGCCUGCCAAUCAUGUCGUCUUGGGCGACGCCGGUGCUGGUGCUUCCAAUCAACAGCUUUGGCCUUUCCCCUUAGGCUCGAAACGCCGUUUCGAGGAUCAGCUCAAAGGCGUCUGUGAUGGCUUCCUUAUCAUUUAUCGGGGACACAAAUUCUACAUCUGCAAUCCGGUUACCCGCAAGCAUGCUCUCCUACCACAGCCUCAAGUUGGGCAAGGCAUCCACAAUAUCAUGAUCGGUUUAUACCGGCACCAUCCAACUGGAGAAUACAGGGUUCUCUGGGUCUCACGGUCACAUCAGACGUCUGAAUCCAGCUUAUAUGUUCUCACAGUGGGAUCCAACAGGCCAAGGUGCAUCAGCGUCACAAUGCCAACAGUCUCAUCAUCUUCCGCAGAAGAGAAGUUAUGGAACAAGUUGCACUCUUCAUCUGACCGUUCAUCACCCGUACACUACAAUGGCAGCCUGCACUGGCAUUCUUAUGACAAACGUGAAAUUACAGGAGGUGGUGGAGAUAUUAUUGUGUACGACACAGAAACAGAGUCAUUCCGGUGGAUGCGCAGUCCCACCCAGCCCUGCCGUUAUAGGAAGUUGUUCGACAUGGAGGGGACGCUUGCUUGGUGUGGCGGCUCGGUUUCCAAGUCCACUUCUAUGGAUGUCUGGGUGAUGCAGGAUUACGAGGCUGAAAUAUGGGCUUUUAAGUACCGGAUUGACUUGUCAACGGUGGAGGCAUCAAGACAACUUUAUUUAACUUCUUUAAAAAAGAAAAAGAGUAGACCUCUCGAAUAUGCAGUGCAAUUGUUUAAUGAUAUGGCUGUGCUAAACGAGCGUGAGCUGCUGAUCUGGUUUAACAACAAAUAUGUGUUGCGCUGUGAUAUUGAUGGCAAGUUCUUAGGUAUUGUGAACAUUGGAAAGAGUCAGUAUCGCAUGUGGCUUACCCACCUCCGCCUCAAAGAGAGCAUUGUUCCAAUUCCAGGCCAUAAGAUGCAAGAGGAUGAGGAGCCUCCAUUCUCCACAGGGCAUGUCUGAAUGAUGAUGAUUCCUGGUUUGCUUUGCUACCACUUAGAUCAUAUCUUCUGUUCUUAGCUCUUCUUACUUAGUAGUACUAGAAGACCAGCAGUAGAACAUGCCAUUUUGGAUGGUUGCAGUAGCACCUGUGAUGUUAUCAUUUGGUGUGUAUUAUGAUGUGCUGAAUAUCCUUUUAAUGUUCUGAAGUAUGAAGUAUCGAUCUAUGAUAUUAGAACCUUUCAUUACUGCUCCUCCCUGCCUCCCAAAUUUGCAUUAGUUUCAUCGCGGUUAAGAUGCACAAGUGACAUUUUUAAUACUAGAAAUUCAGUCUUUCUUUUACUGCAAGAUGAGACGUUC